UGGAACUGUCGGUACCGCGCGUUUAUGGUCAAAGAACUAGAACACAGUUGCAGUGAAGUUAAUUGACUUGAACAAUAGGAACUCAAUCGAAAUUAGCAAGCCUUGGCAAGCCGAGAUCAUUCCAUUUAAUUUAACUGUUCCCUGGUCUAAUCAUUGGAGGAAUUAGUUUACUAAAGUAAUUUCUUCAUGGUCUAAUCAUGGAUCACGAAGAAUUUGAAAUUGCAUUGGAUGAACUCAAUGAGUUCGAAGAAGAGAAAAAUUCACAAUGGAUUCCAGAGAACAUAUUCCAAAGAGAAUGUAUUCGCUAUGUAGCAAAACCGCCUCGCACAAAUGACGACCCAAAGGAUCCAUUGUGUUAUUGUGGAAAUAGAAAAUCAUCCCACGAUGAAAGUUACAUCCGAGAUGAGAUCAGAACUACAAAAUGGAAUUGGUCGGACACAAAAAUUACGCAGACUACCGCUUAUGGCGAAGUUGAAUUUGUAGGAGCUAUUGGCAGUUCUGCAACUCUCAAACGAAAAAAGCAAUAA